AGAAUCGAAGUCAAGAUGCCGGAAGAGGUUGCUGAAAAGGAUAGGCCGGCAUAUUCGUUCUUCUUCGGAUCGAUGGGGGCGGCAUCGGCCAUUAUCUUUUCGGCCCUGGGAGCAGCAUAUGGAACGGCCAAGUCGGGCACCGGAAUCGCGGCCAUGGCCGUGAUGCGACCCGAACUGAUCAUGAAGUCGAUCAUUCCGGUGGUGAUGGCCGGCAUUAUAGCGAUCUACGGGCUGGUCGUCUCGGUGCUGAUUGCCGGAUCGCUUUCGGACACCUAUACCAUCCGCAAGGGGUAUAUCCACCUGGCCGCCGGACUAUCCGUUGGAUUUGCCGGUCUGGCGGCCGGCUUUGCCAUCGGCAUUGUCGGAGAUGCCGGAGUGCGGGGCACCGCCCAGCAGCCACGCCUCUUUGUGGGCAUGAUCCUCAUUCUGAUCUUCGCCGAGGUCCUGGGGCUCUAUGGCCUGAUCGUCGCCAUUUACCUGUACACCAAGUAGAGGAUCAUAUAUGCAUAAAUUAAAACAAUAAUAAAAUAAUUUAUAGCAUACAGUUUCUAUUCUUAAAAAUAGUUCUGAGAGAUCAACAGAAAAA